AUGUCAGGGAAAAGGAAAAAAGUGACAGUGACCAUGGAAAAGAAGCUGGAAGCUUUAUUUCGAAUCGACAAAGGUGAGCUAUUGAAAAGUGUUGCUAUUGACUUAGGGGUAGGAACAUCCACUGUCUCUGAUUGGAAAAAGAACAGGAAGGAAAUUGAAGACUUUUGUGCUAAGAUGGUUUCUAGAGAUAGCUUAGGCAAUAGGGGGACAAUUAAGAAAGCAAAAAAUGUGAGACUGGAUGAUGCACUGUAUGUAUGGUAUAUAAAAGAACGUGAAAAUGGUAUUCCUGUGUCAGGACCCAUUCUCAGAAAGAAAGCACUCACCCUUAAUAAAAAGGUAGGUGGUGAUCCUACAUUCACUGCAAGUGUGGGAUGGUUAGGCAGGUGGAAAGCUCGUCAUGGAAUAAAACUUAAUCUUCCUAGUGAUAGUUUGUUAGAAGAUCUUACUGCUAAUGAUAGUUCUGAUCAUUUACUGUUAGAAAAUGACAUUGUGACAGUGUGCUUAUCUACUCAAGAUGAAGAUGACAUUCAGAAUGCCUUUAACAAUGGAUGCCACCAAGAAUCAACAGAUGUGAACCACCUUGAAGCAACAGAAAUACUUGAAAAACUAAUAACCUACUUUGAACAACAAAGUGAUACCUUAGACAAUGAUUUAGUUACAUUGAGACAUUUACAUGACCGUGCUAGAAAGAAAUAUUUACUGACUUUGAAGAAAGAAAAGACUAGUGAUUUUAUUAAAUAA